CAUCGUAUAAAUAAGUCGCAAACGUUCUUCUUUCAGCAUUAAGCCUUUUACAACCGCGGAUAAUACGUUUAUUAAUUUUGUUUAAAGAGAAAGUGUUUCUUUAAUUUAUUGAAAAUGUUUCGAAUGAAAUCAUCGCUCUGCAUUGCCUUUGUGGCUUUACUUUCAUGUUCAGCUGUUCUGUCAGAAUUAUGUGAAAUCACAUUUGGCAGUAACAUAAAAUGGAGUCGGCAUCCGGAAGACUGUUCGACAGCGUAUAUGUGUUUGCUUGGCAAAGUUGUGUCGUAUAGAUGUCCUGAAGGGUAUGUGAUUGGUACAGACGAGGUCACAUGCAUCCCUGCUGGCUCGCAAUUUGAUGAUUGUACUGAGUUAGAACGCAUUAAGAUAGAAGACGUUGAAAUUGAGCCACUGAAUGUUGCAUCAUCAUGUAAAGAAGGAGAGGCUAUGCCAGACGAAACAAAUUGUGCGAUGUAUUUAGAGUGUGUAGCUCUUCCGGAUGGGAACUCUACGAUGUUGUCUCAAGAGUGCGCAUACCCAUUUUUGUUCAAUACACAAUCUAGAAAAUGUGAACACUUCAAAGAUGUAGACUGCCAACCAGGCCAGACUGUACCAAAAAGCCCAUGUGAUUACAAAGCUCUCCAGUGUACAUCUGCUCAAUGCGUUCCUUGUAAUAUCCGGUUUCCCACGUGCACCGGACUUCCGGACGGAAUGAACCCCUGGGUUGGUCGGGAAUGGACACCAGAUUACGUCAUGUGUGAAGAAGAAAGGGUCACUCUCCAAGGACAAUGCAAAAGUGAGAAGGAACCACGCGUUUUUCAUCCAGAUGAAAAGACAUGCGUUGAAUAUGACGUCAAAAAGAUUGUCGGAUAAGAACAAACGGACACUCUCACCGGCACCGAAUCUCAACAUACUCAUUGAACACUUAAAAUAAGUUUUAUAAUACUCGAUGAAUAAAUUAUUGUUCAAAGA